AUGGGAGAAAAGGGUGUUGCUGGGGGAAGUGAAGACAUUGCUGGUGGGAAAGAAAAUGAACAAGUUCUAAAGAAGAUUAUCGCAACUCAUCCUUUGUAUGAAGUUUUGAUUCAAUCUCACAUCAACUGCUUGAAGGUGGGGUUAAGUGAAGGUGGAGAGUUUGAUGCAACAAGUGAUGAUGCAUGGAAGAAGCUGGUCAACUCCAAGUCCAAAGCAACUCCUAGUCCAAACACUUCAGAAUUAGAUCACUUCAUGGAAGCGUAUUGCAUGGCACUGAGCAAGCUGAAGGAAGCCAUAGAAGAACCAACAAAAGAAACCAACGCUUUCAUCAGAGCAACGUAUCUUCAACUAAAGCAACUGGAUGAACUGAACCACCCAUAA